AUGAAGAAGUUGAUAUCCAAGAAGAAGCUCGUUGAGGGUGAUACCAUUGAGGUUACUCGUGGGUGUAGUACUAUCAUGGAUAGCAAAGUCACAGAAAAGAAAGAUGACCCCAGAGCUUUAACUAUCCCUUGCACCAUUGGGACUCAUAAGUUUGCAAAGGCUCUUUGCGACCUUGCAAAUUUCAUAGUGUUGGAUAGUGAGAUGGACAAUGAUGUGCCUAUCAUUAUUUGUUGUCCUUUCUUGGCCACUGGGAGAGCCAUUAUUGAACUAGAGCUAGGGGAGAUAAAAUUUCAAGUACAAGAAGAUGAGGUCUCAUUUAAAAUUUCGAAGUCAAAGAAGCAAAUUGUGGAGCUCAAAGUAGUAUCUGUGGUGGAUGUUGAAAAUGAGAAAGUGAAUGAUGAGGGGUUUGAGGACCUGCCAUGA